GGAUAAUUGACAAUACGUCAUUUUUUUCUCGUGAAAGUUUUCAAGUUUUUCAAUAGAAAAUCCGAUUUAAAAAUAUGGAGAUGGAGACUCUGGAGGUCAAAUUAUUGAUACCCCAGCGUCCCCGAUGAUGCAUGGGGGAGUCAGAAGGAGAGACCAGAAAUUACCAUGAAAUCAAAGGAAUUGAUGACACCAGCUGUAGCAGACGAAAAGGACAGCGCCAGACCCUGAUCAUCGAAAGCCAUUCCCAGCAAAUAAAGGAGCUGACUGAGACCAUGAAAUCAAAGGAAUUGAUGACACCAGCUGUAGCAGACGAAAAGGACAGAACCAUCCAGCGCCAGACCCUGAUCAUCGAAAGCCAGGCCCAGCAAAUAAAGGAGCUGACUGAGACAGUUAGGGACCAAAACAGUAAAAUAGACUGCCUGACCACCCAGGUAACACAAUAAUGCAAAUUUUAAUUCUAAAUCCUACAAGGCUGUCAAUUUAAAUAGACCUCUUGAAAAUUUAACUGACGUGACAUCGACCGACGAUGAAAUAAAGAAUGACGGCCAGUCUAGGAAAAGACGCAUCGACAAAACGAACAAAACUGAGAAGACGGAUGACUUCCCACCUCUUCCAAAAGCAAAAUCAAAAUUCAAGUUGACAGUCCCCUCAAAACCUUCUGCUUCAUUAACCGCAAUGUUUUCGGAACAGGAGAUCAAAGGGGAAUUAGAACAGAGGGGAUAUACUCCUCUCCAAAUUAUCCGACUCAAACGCAGUGGCGGCGCACCC